UGGAGCGGCUGUCUGUGGCGCUAGGACCCGGGCGGGGUUACCAGCUCCCGGCGGCGGCAGCGGGACUCUCUGGAUCCCGCCUGAACUUCCUCUCACUGACGUCAGCGGCCGCUCCGGACACCGCGCCGAGGAAAAUGCUGCUCUCCGUACCGCCGCGCACGGGAUUCAACCCCUACAGCGGAUACAACAGCAGAAACGGCAAAAAGCAGCAAGCCUAUGUGUCCUCCAGCCAGCAGAUGGCGUUGUCCAGUCCCAACAGCAGCAGCAGCACGAGUAUUGCUGGAGAACAGCUCAGCAAAACCAACCUGUACAUCCGCGGCCUUCAUCCCGGCACCACCGACCAGGACCUGGUGAAGCUCUGCCAGCCGUAUGGAAAGAUCGUGUCCACCAAGGCCAUUCUGGAUAAAACUACCAACAAAUGCAAAGGUUAUGGCUUUGUGGAUUUCGACAGUCCUGCAGCAGCACAGAAGGCCGUGACUGCACUGAAGUCCAGCGGGGUUCAAGCUCAGAUGGCCAAACAACAGGAGCAGGAUCCCACAAACCUGUACAUCUCCAACCUGCCGGUGUCGAUGGAUGAGCAGGAGCUGGAGGCCAUGCUGAAGUCUUUCGGUCAGGUGAUCUCCACACGCAUCUUGCGGGAUGCUAACGGCACCAGCAGAGGAGUGGGCUUCGCAAGGAUGGAGUCCACAGAGAAAUGUGAAGCCAUUAUUCAGCAUUUUAAUGGAAAAUAUAUCAAAACCCCACCAGGAGUUCCAGUGCCUACAGAACCGCUGCUAUGCAAGUUUGCAGAUGGAGGACAAAAGAAGCGACAGAAUCAGGCCAAGUACCUGCAGAACGGACGAUCCUGGACUAGAGAUGCUGAUACGGGAGGAAUGACGCUCACAUACGACCCGACAGCUUUACAGAAUGGGUUUUAUUCAUCGCCGUACAGCAUUGGUCCAAACCGAAUGAUCGCCCAGACGUCUCUGUCUCCAUACAUGACUUCACAAGUCCCGUCCUACCAGAUGCACAGCCCGUCCUGGAUGCACCAUCAGUCGUACCUCAUGCAGCCCACAGGUGCUCUUUUGACCCAGGCUCUGGAUCAUCCGAUGUCCCUCCAGCCCUCAUCUAUGAUGGGACCGUUGACUCAGCAGCUCAGUCACCUGUCCCUCGGCAGCACCGGCACGUAUAUCCCGAACGCAGCUCUGCAGGGCACGUAUAUGCCUCAGUUCACCACAGUGCCUCCCUCUAGUGUCUCAUUAGAGGAGAACAGUGGACAGCAGCAGCAGCAGCAGAUCUCCAUCGACACAGCAGCUGAACACAACAACUACUCCUAUCAACACAGCAAAUGAAGCUACCUGUGUGCCGCAGAUGGAGGUGCUGCUGUGGACACACACACACACACACACACACACACUGAGUGAUUCACAACACAGACACUCAUCCUUCAUCUCGUGUUGAGGAGUCACUCGACCCCACAGCGGAGACUGAAAAACAGGAAAUAAGCCUGAACUCAGCAGGAGGAGGUGAGGAAACACCACAGCGCUCAUUUUUAAAGGACAGAUUCUGUAAUAUGAGAGGAUGAAAAAAAGAGACCGCUGAAAAUGUGUCUUAUUUUUGUGUAAAAUAUGCAAGCUUUUAUUCUCAUCUUGGAGAUUAGCUCUUGGGUCAGCAGCAGCGAGAGGGUUUCGUGUCGGUGUACAGAUCUAAGGUGCAUUUUGUGUUUGUCAUUUGAUAUUAUGCUGGAGAAACCAUUUAAAGCCACUUCUUCACAUCCUUUAACCAACAGUGAUCAAAUCACUCUAAUUCACCUCCUGCAGCAGACAAUCUUUAACUUAUUAUUUAUUGCCAAGAUCAUUUUGGUUCAUAUGAAAUAUUAGAUGCAGAAAUAGAUCAGAUAUUGGAUGUUGUCAGAUUAAUGUGCGCAUAAAUAUUAUUUUUUAAAUUAAAAUCUGACUUUUUUUUUAAACAAACAAAUAAAAAAUGAUUUAUAUGUAGAUUUUAUGAGGGGCAUUUUUAAUCCACUGAUGAGCUGUGAAACAGUCUGUGCCUAACACUAGUGUUCAGCAUCAUGAGGACACUUUAUUUAAAACAUCCUACAUAAUGCAUUAGUGGAGCGUUCAUUAAUGGUUCAUUAGUUCACAAUUAAGCAUUAGUUAAGCUCAUUUAAAUCAUGAUUAACCGCUGUGUAAAACAUAUGCCAGAGUAGUUGGCGGUUCAUUCUGCUGUGGCGACCCCUGAUAAAUAAGAGACUAAGCUGAAGGAAAAUGAAUGAAUGAAUUAUGCAUCAGUUAAGCAUGAGCAAACACAUAAUUCCCGAUGAACUGAACAUUUAGUAAAGGUAUUUUAACCAUUAUUUACAAUUUGAUCAGCCGUAUAUUAUUUCAAUAUUAAGUUAACUGAACAACAAGCUAUUGAUUGUGUUUUAUUAAUGCUGGUGUGCAAUUAUAUAUGGCUAAAAUAGUGUAUUAAGCACAGUUUAACCUCCUAAAGUGAUGUCCACAUUUAUAAUGGCGCUUGAGUGAUAUUCAAGUUUAUUGACUACAACGAGUUAAUAAUUAAGACUAAAGAUCAGUAAUACAGUAAUAAUAAAGACAGUUUGAUCACCUAUUCUAAAGUGAAAGUGAUAUUCACAUUAAUUAUGGCACUUAUUGAGUGAUAUUCAAGUUUAUUAAUUAAAAUGAGUUAAUAAUUAAGGCUAAAGGUCAUUAAUACAGUGCUAAUAAAGGCAAACUGACCCCCUGUUCUAAAAUAAAAGUCAUAUUCACAUUAAUUAUGGCACUUAUUGAGCGAUAUUCAAGUUUAUUAAUUAAAACAAGUUAAUAAUUAAGGCUAAACGUCAUUAAUACAGUGCUAAUAAAGGCAAUUUGAUCACCUAUUCUAAAGUGAAAGUGAUAUCCUCAUUAAUUAUGGCACUUAUUGAGCGAUAUUCAAGUUUAUUAAUUAAAACAAGUUAAUAAUUAAGGCUAAACGUCAUUAAUACAGUGCUAAUAAAGGCAAUUUGAUCACCUAUUCUAAAGUGAAAGUGAUAUCCUCAUUAAUUAUGGCACUUAUUGAGCGAUAUUCAAGUUUAUUAAUUAAAACAAGUUAAUAAUUAAGGCUAAACGUCAUUAAUACAGUGCUAAUAAAGGCAAUUUGAUCACCUAUUCUAAAGUGAAAGUGAUAUCCUCAUUAAUUAUGGCACUUAUUGAGUGAUAUUCAAGUUUAUUAAUUAAAACAAGCUAAUAAUUAAGGCUAAAGGUCAUUAAUACAGUGCUAAUAAAGGCAAUUUGACCCCCUGUUCUAAAAUAAGUCAUAUUUACAUUAAUUAUGGCACUUAUUGAGCGAUAUUCAAGUUUAUUAAUUAAAACGAGUUAAUAAUUAAGGCUAAAGGUCAUUAAUACAGUGCUAAUAAAGGCAAUUUGACCCCCUGUUCUAAAAUAAAAGUCAUAUUUACAUUAAUUAUGGCACUUAUUGAGCGAUAUUCAAGUUUAUUAAUUAAAACAAGCUAAUAAUUAAGGCUAAAGGUCAUUAAUACAGUGCUAAUAAAGGCAAUUUGACCCCUUAUUCUAAAAUAAAAGUCAUAUUUACAUUAAUUAUGGCACUUAUUGAGCGAUAUUCAAGUUUAUUAAUUAAAACGAGUUAAUAAUUAAGGCUAAAGGUCAUUAAUACAGUGCUAAUAAAGGCAAUUUGACCCCCUGUUCUAAAAUAAAAGUCAUAUUUACAUUAAUUAUGGCACUUAUUGAGCGAUAUUCAAGUUUAUUAAUUAAAACAAGCUAAUAAUUAAGGCUAAAGGUCAUUAAUACAGUGCUAAUAAAGGCAAACUGACCCCCUGUUCUAAAAUAAGUCAUAUUUACAUUAAUUAUGGCACUUAUUGAGCGAUAUUCAAGUUUAUUAAUUAAAACGAGUUAAUAAUUAAGGCUAAAAGGUCAUUAAUACAGUGCUAAUAAAGGCAAUUUGAUCACCUAUUCUAAAAUAAAAGUCAUAUUUACAUUAAUUAUGGCACUUAUUGAGCGAUAUUCAAGUUUAUUAAUUAAAACGAGUUAAUAAUUAAGGCUAAAAGGUCAUUAAUACAGUGCUAAUAAAGGCAAUUUGACCCCUUAUUCUAAAAUAAAAGUCAUAUUUACAUUAAUUAUGGCACUUAUUGAGUGAUAUUCAAGUUUAUUAAUUAAAACAAGCUAAUAAUUAAGGCUAAAGGUCAUUAAUACAGUGCUAAUAAAGGCAAUUUGACCCCCUGUUCUAAAAUAAAAGUCAUAUUGACAUUAAUUAUGGCACUUAUUGAGCAAUAUUCAAGUUUAUUGACUAAAACGAGUUAAUAAUUAAGGCUAAAGGUCAGUAAUACAGUGCUAAUAAAGCCUAUUUGACCCCCUGUUCUAAAAUAAAAGUGUUAUUAUAUUCAAGUUUAUUAAUUAAAACUAUUUUAACUAAUGCUUGUGAACAAAUGAACCAUUAAUUAAUGAGUAACUAAUGAUUAUUUUGGACCCUUCAAAUAAAGUGUUACUGUUCAUUUCUGCUUUUAAAAAGUGUAAUGAAUAAUGUCCCCUCGCCUCCAUUGUUCCUAGAGCUGAAAUGACAGAUUUUGUACUUAUAGUGUAUAUAAUUCCACCAAAAUGUUUCAGGUGUGUGUGAGUGUGUGUGUGUGUGUGCGCGUGUGUGUGUUCAAAAGUGCAUUCUAAUGUACAUAGUGUCUGUUUUGCUAGUCUUCCAGUGUAGAGGAAGUGACUUUAAGUGGUUUGUAGCAUCAGAAACGUUGAUGAGAGCAGAGAGCUGCUGAUCUGGAGUCAGAUUCAUCUCUCUCUCAGAUUAAUCUUGUGAUGUUCAACACACACACACAUGCAGGAGAACAGCGUCUGAACAGGAAACUGAACUGGUUUUAUUGUUAUGCAGAUUUGCUUGCCUUGUUUUCCAGUAACGUGUUUUUGACACUGUUUUUGAUGCAUACAGUCCCAAGACCCUCGAUAUACACAUCAUUAUUCAGAUUUAUUAUUAUUAUCAUUAUUUGUAAGAGAUUUGACCAUUCUCAUUACAUACAAUUUGUUAUAUAGGGCGUCACGGUGGUGCAGUGGGUAGCAUGACCGCCUCACAGCAAGAAGGCUGUUGGGUCGAGUCCCAGCUGGGUCAGUUGGCGUUUCUGUGUGGAGUUUGCAUGUUCUCCCCGUGUUGGCGUGGGUUUCCACCUGGUGCUCCAGUUUCCCCCACAGUCCAAACACAUGUGCUAUAGGGGAAUUAAAGAAACUGAAUUGUAGUGUGUGUGAGUGUGUGUGAAUGAGUGUGUAUGGGUGUUUCCCAGUGUUGGGUUGCUGGAAGGGCAUCCAGUGCAUAAAACAUCUGUUGGAUAAGUUGGCAGUUCAUUCCGCUGUGGCGGACCAAGCCGAGAAGAAAAUGAAUAAAUUAUUGUUAUAUAUUCGCAAUUAUAUAUAGAAUAUCACACGGCUAUCAGAUUCAAGAACCAGACAGAACUGUUGUGUGUGUAUAUAUAUAUAUAUAUAUAUAUAUAUAUGUGUAUAUAU